AAGUGCCUUGUCUGAAGCCUGUAGCUGUGUGGACCUUCUAGACCACACUUAGAACCCAAGGACUGCCAUCCCUGCCAGCUGAACCUUCUGAUCCCUGGUCCCUGGUGGUGCCCCCAUCCUACCCAUAAUCAUUUCCUGCCACGUCUACCACCUCUCUGGAACUGCCUCGGCUCCCUUGUAGCCUGACUGUGACAACACAUAGGAUUUUCUUCCUUCUGUGUGGGUGAGAGGGGACUGUCCUCCCGCUGUCCCUCCCUCCACUCCGCCCCCUGCUACCUGCUCUCUCGGCACAACAUGGGCCAACCCGAUCAAUAAUGUGUUUCGCCAUCCAUCUUGCCUGACAGUUCAGCUGAGGAAAGUGAGAGAGAGAGGAGUACAGAAGUUGGAACCGCCUGUACAAAGCAAGAUUUCGUCAGUGCCACCAGCCCAGUGUCAGGCACUGGAGGAAUCUCAUCAGCCCCAAUAACAGGUUCUUAGGAUGGGCAAUAGAUCCUAGCAGAGGUCCUGGCUCACAUCCAAAAACCGGCCUUGGAUAGAAAACACCUUCUGAUUGGCUUGUUUCAUUUUGAUAUCUCUCAGUGACAUUAGAAACAAACUUUCAUCACACAUUCCGAGACAUCACAUUCUGCCUGCAUAUCCGUUGCUCUUAAUCGGCAACUUCUGCCUGGUUCAAAAUGGCGGUAAACCUGACACCUAUUCGGGACACAAAAUGGCUGACUCUGGAGGUGUGUCGUGAGUUCCAAAGAGGGACGUGCUCGCGACCGGACAGCGAGUGUAAGUUUGCCCACCCUGCCAAGAGCUGUCAGGUGGAGAAUGGACGAGUCAUCGCCUGCUUCGACUCCCUCAAGGGUCGUUGUUCCAGGGAGAACUGUAAGUACCUACACCCUCCUCCCCACCUGAAGACCCAGCUGGAGAUCAACGGUAGGAACAACCUGAUCCAACAGAAGAACAUGGCCAUGCUGGCACAGCAGAUGCAGCUGGCCAACGCCAUGAUGCCCAGCACACAGCUACAGACUACAUGUAUGUGUUCUGGUCCGGUCCCCAUGUUCUCAGUGACGCCCAGCCUAGCCUCUAAUGCCAGUGCUGCUGUGGCCGCUGCGUUUAACCCUUACCUGGGCCCAGUGUCGCCCGGCCUGAUGCCCACUGAGAUCAUGUCCAGCGCCCCGGUCCUGGUGACCAGUAACCCCAACGUCUCCAUGCCCUCUGCUGCUGCUGCCGCUGCACAGAAGCUCAUGAGGACAGACAGACUGGAGGUGUGUCGGGAGUACCAGAGAGGUAACUGUACGCGGGGGGAGAGUGACUGUCGCUUCGCCCACCCCUCAGACAGCACCAUGAUAGACACCAACGACAACACCGUGACCGUGUGUAUGGACUACAUAAAGGGUCGCUGCUCCAGGGAGAAGUGCAAAUACCUCCACCCUCCAGCCCACCUGCAGGCCAAGAUAAAGGCUGGCCAACACCAGGUCAACCAGGCUGCUGCCGUGGCAGCCAUGACUCAGACGGCUGUCAAAUCACUGAAGCGACCCCUCGACGCAACCUUUGACCUGGGGCUCUCCCCUGUUUUACCUCCAUUACCAAAGAGACCCACACUUGAAAAAGCCAACGGUGCCACUGCCAUGUUCAACGCCGCCAACAUGUUCCAGUACCAACAGGCCUUGGCCAACAUGCAGUUUCAGCAGCAGUUUCUCCCAUCAGUACCCAUGAUGCACGGUGCUACGCCCGCCACUGUGUCUGCAGCCAACUCCUCUGCCACAAGUGUGCCCUUUGCAACCGCAACAGCCAAUCAGAUUCCAAUAAUAUCUACAGAUCAUCUUACGAGUCACAAGUAUGUAACUCAGAUGUAGAAGUCUCUACCUGAACAAUGAAACUGGAGUGUGUUGGUGUUCCAUCCGUCCCAGACAACAGUUCACCCUUCAUGCCUGUAACCACAGAAAUAGAAUAUUUAGAAUAGAUUCUAUUUCUAAGCCUGUAAGCAUAGAAAUAUAAUCUUUAUAAUAUAUUAUAUUUCUAUGCCUGUAACAUCCAGAACACCAGGAGACUCCAACCACCUGUAAACUGUAGUGGUUCUGACAUGCAUGCUACUCAAAGAGAUCUAGUUUGUCAUAAGGUGGUGAACAUGUGUAUUCUACACACACCAUACGGACAACAGCACCUCCUACACAGAGAGGAACUAUGUCAUCUACAGAACAUUACAGCCCGCCUUUACAUCUGUGGAGGCGUCAUCCAUUAAAACACCGGACACACUUUGAAUGUCAACAUGAGGAGAUAGUCACGCCCACUAGUUUGGUAUGUCAGCAGACCAAGACUCUCUUUUAUGUUCUUUUCAGUUUGGUUUUCUUUCAUUUAUAUUAUUUUUUUCAUGGUUUACACAAAACAAAGUUGCACCUUUGUAUUUUAAACAAGAAGGGGAAAUGACGAGGAAUAGUAACUAAUUGCCAUAUUAGACUGAAAGAAUUGUGCAUGGCUUGUUUGUAGAUGAUUUGGUUCUUUACAAGACCAACUUGGUUGAAAUGGGUUAGUGGGCUUGAUGCCAUAAGGACAGCUGAAUGUUGUGGGUUUAGUACACCUUUGUGUUUUAAAACCCCAUCCCAGCUUUACUAGAUAUGUUGCAAGCUCCACUUGAAGUACCAUAGACUAUGUACAUAUAAACAUCGGUCAUUAUAGACAUGUUACAGUGUUAACCUGGGGAAUGCCUUCAAAGUCUCUAAUGUCUCUAGUGUCCUUGUUCCGUGAAUGUUUGUCUACAGUUUGACGUCAUUAACAGAUUAACCAUUCAUGGUCUUUGCCUCUUGGGUACGCAGUUACCCACCUUAGGUUGUUUGGGUUAACUCUGGUCUUCUGUUGGUUUUCUAUUCAUUUGCCUUGACCUUAGAUUCCACGGUGUGAGUCAGACAGAAAAGGGGUGUUGGUUCUGUUAGGACCCAGUCCUCUCUGAGUAUAAAGUAUGAUGACUAGUUGGUUCUGUUAGGACCUGGUCCUCUCUGUCUAUGGGUAUAAAGUAUAAUGACUAGUUGGUUCUGUUAGGACCUGGACCUCUCUGUCUAUGGGUAUAAAGUCUAUAGACUCUAGUUGGUUCUGUUA